AUGACAGUGAAUCUAUCUAUCUAUCUAUCUAUCUAUCUAUCUAUCUAUCUAUCUAUCUGUAUCAUUCUAUUCCUCACUAUCUAUCUAAUUCUGAUCAUAUCUAUCUAUCUAUCUAUCUAUCUAUCUAUAAAUCCGUUACAUAGGAGAUUAUUUUGUUCUGUACAGAUAUCUAUCUAUCUAUCUAUCUAUCUAUCUAUCUAUCUAUCUAUCUAUCUAUCUAUCUCAUUCGGUUCAUUAUCUAUCUAUCUAUCUAUCUAUCUAUCUAUCUAUCUAUCUAUUUGUUUGAAUUUAUUCACAUCUAUCUAUCUAUCUAUCUAUCUAUCUAUCUAUCUAUCUAUCUAUCUAUCUAUCUAUCUAUCUAUCUGUUUCAAUUUAUUCACAUCUAUCUAUCUAUCUAUCUAUCUAUCAAAUCAGUUACAUAGAAGGAGAUUAUUUUGUUUCUUCGUAGUUCACUGUUUAUACUACUGUUUCUGGUUUGAUUCAACACUGAUCAUUAACCAUUUAUGCAUUAUCUAUCUAUCUAUCUAUCUAUCUAUCUAUCUAUCUAUCUAUCUAUCUAUCUAUCUAUCUAUCUAUCUAUCUAUCUAUCUAUCUAUCUAUCUAUCUAUCUAUCUAUCUAUCUAUCUAUCUAUCUAUGAGGCACGGUGGAGCAGUGCCUAUCUCAUUCUAUUCAUAUCUAUCUAUCUAUCUCAUUCUAUUCAUAUCUAUCUAAACUCUAUGUUCAUAUAUUCAUUUCAGUCUAUUCAUAUCUAUCUAUCUCCAUUUCAGCCUGCUCAUUUUUAUCUAUCUAUCUAUCUUAGUCUAUUCAUAUCUAUCUGUCUAUCUGUGUUUGCGCGAGAUUUGCGUCUCACUAUCGAGAUUAUCAAUCUCCACUUCGCUUACCCCUGCCACUGCCGACACCUUUCCCGUCUUCUUUUUCUAAUUCGUAUUCCUUCUUCCUUCAGCGUUGCAUCUGCAAUCCUUAAUCAACCCACAGUCCUAGAAACGAAGCGUUUCGUCUCUUUAUCUGCUCAGAUGGUUACUGUUCGUUCUCAGAUUCCGUUCACCUCGAUUUCGCCUUUUUCAUACACUCGGCCAGCACCCACACCCACACCCACCUUAAUCACCACCGCCUACCCCAGCGUCCGCCAAUCAGUGCGUAUGCGUGUUCUUGUUGCCUUCAUUUUUUUUUUCAUCUCCCUCGCUUCGCCAUUUGCUUAG